GUCGAUCCUGACUCCCCGUCCCCUCCCACUCACCAACACGUCCAAGCAAGCAAGCGGCACGAGGGCUCCGCAACUGGAAGCAUCCAUUCCACUCCAUCCUCUCAAUCGCCUCCGCCUCCCCCAAAUUUGAAACCUCCGAGGCGGACGCGACGCGAAGGCGUGCGUCGGUGGUCGAGAUUCGAGACGGCCGUCUGGGCGACCGCGCCGCCGCCUUCCACUCCGUCGUCUCUCGCCGCGCCCCGCGGGGGUUGCACGCACUUGGGCGCGCGUUCGGGCGCGGGGUUGGAUGCGGCUCCGGCUUCGGCCGACGGAGGUGCUCCCUGGUCGCGACGGCCACGCCGGGACCGUGGGCGAGUAAUCAUGCCGAGUGGUAAAGCAAAAGCUCCAAAGGGUGGGGAGGAUCCUGGAAUUCCGCCAGUUCCUUGUGAAGGGGAAAUUAGCCAUGAGCCACAGAGACAACGGUCGCUCAACGGGAGGACUACUGGUCCGACCCGCCGUUCGACCAAAGGAAAUUGGACACCCGAAGAGGAUGCUAUAUUGUCCCGCGCGGUUCAGACGUACCAAGGGAAAAACUGGAAAAAGAUAGCGGAAUGUUUUCCAGACAGAACCGAUGUACAAUGUUUGCACAGGUGGCAAAAGGUUCUAAACCCUGAAUUGGUCAAAGGGCCAUGGUCCAAAGAAGAAGAUGAAAUCAUAGUUCAGAUGGUAAACAAAUAUGGGCCAAAGAAGUGGUCGGCCAUUGCUCAAGCUUUGCCUGGACGCAUAGGAAAGCAAUGUCGAGAACGGUGGCACAAUCAUCUUAACCCAGCCAUAAACAAGGAGGCAUGGACGCAAGAAGAGGAGAUUACUCUUAUUCAUGCUCAUCGGAUGUAUGGAAAUAAAUGGGCUGAACUGACGAAAUUUUUACCUGGAAGGACGGAUAAUGCAAUUAAAAAUCACUGGAACAGUUCAGUAAAGAAAAAGGUUGAUUCAUACAUAUCUUCUGGCUUACUUUCACAAGUCCCAUGCCUCCCUCUGAUUGAAUAUCCUGCACAAUGCGAUUCUUUAUCAUCUAUGGACCAAGAAAACAACGGAGAUAGUGUUUGCAAUGCUCAGAACACUAGCAUGGCCUUGAGCUCUGAUUUACAAGUAAAUGUGGAUGCCAACAAGAGAGAAGCACAAGACUCUCACUCGUCCUUGUGUCAAGGGGCAUGCUAUCCUUCCACAGAGGCUGUAGGAUCUGUUUUGCCUGAUGAGAACCACCAUGUUCCUUCAUCUUUUUCUCAAAGAAUGGACCUGCAGAUGGAUAUGGAUGAAGGAUCAGGAAAUUCUAUGUUUGCAGAUGAUCAAACUCUUUGUAGCACAUCAAAUCAAGAAAAGUCUAUGGUGCCAUUUGUUGUUGCACAGGAAAUGCCUGUCUCUGUGCUAUCAGGUGUUUCUAGCGCUGAGCAGAAACUGCACUUAAUCUCUGAUGCUGAAAGUUUGAAAUCUGAACUUUGGAAAGAUGUUUCUUUGCAAACUCUUAUUUCAGGAGUUACAGUUGACGCUGAUGCUUCAAGAUUAAAUCAUCCAGAUUCUUCCAAAAUGGACACCAAUUUUUUGACACAGGCCUACCCAUUACACACAUCAAAUCCAUCCGGUGUGAUGGAAACUGUGUAUGAACCGAUGCCGUCGGAGACAAUCUCUCCCUCUUUUAUAUGUUCAGAUGGUUUGUCUGUUGCACCCGAAAAUAGAUCUGAGCCAAGAGAAAUGCCAGACUGUGAAGCACAGAUGGCCACAUCCUCAAACAUUUUUUGUGAUGGCGAUCAAUCUGCUAUACCUGGCAGCAGUGAUGACAGGCCAGAGGCUUUCACGAUGACUGAGAGCAUUACAAACUGUGGGGGUCAACAGUCAACAGAUGCCGAAGAACCUAUGGCCACUACAGCAAAAGAACAGUUAUCGAAAGACAUUGAGACUGUGCCAGAUGAAAAGAAGGGUGAGGGAGCUCUAUUCUAUGAACCUCCUCGAUUCCCUGGUUUGGAUGUCCCAUUUAUCAGUUGCGAUCUUGUAACUUCUGCUGAUCUGCAAGAAUUUAGUCCCCUUGGGAUUAGGCAGUGGAUGCGGUCGACCAUGAAUGUCCCCACUCCUUUAAGAUUAUGGGGCUCUCCAACACAUGAUGAAAGCCCAGAUUUGCUAAAGAGUGCUGCUGAAAGCUUCCCAUGCACACCAUCAAUAAUGAAGAAAAGACAGAGAGGUCUAUUGUCCCCUACUCCAGAUAAAAGAAUUGAGAAGAAAUCUGGGAUUGCAAAGGGGGUGACAGAUAUCUCCUAUAUGAUCACGACCACAUGUUCCAUGAAUGCAACCAACGAUGGAGACAUUGUUACUGAAUCAGUUGUGUGUGCUGAGCAACCUUCUUUUAAACAUCUAGACAAGAAACUUGAGUUCUCUAAUAUCAACAUGGAAAACUCUGAUGGAGCAUCUAAACAGGCCAAAGAUCCACAAAAUGCAGGGAACAAACGACUCGUGGAGGAGUCCUCGCCAAACGUUGCAAAUCCUAACACUGAUCUGCAAGACAAUAUACAACCUGUACGGAUUCUUGUUGAGCACAGCAGCAAUAACCUUAUUGCUGCUGAUCAUGGUGCAAAGCCAUCUUGUAAGGAAGUAAUUAGUUCAAAAUCAAAGCCUACAGAACUACUUGUUGAAAAAUCAUCACCAUGUAUCAAUGCGGAUUACGAAUAUGUGAACUUAUUGGCUGAUACCCCAGGUGUCAAAAGAGGUUUGGAAUCUCCUUCUGCAUGGAAGUCUCCUUGGUAUAUUGAUAUGCACAUGCACUUUCAGGGUUUUGUCAGCCCAGCAGACAGAACUUAUGACGCAUUAGGAUUAGUGAAGCAUUUAAGUAAGCACAGUGCUGCUGCUGCAGUGGAGGCCUGUGAGGUGCUAGCAAGUGGCAACAGGACUUCUGAUAAGGAAAACAAGGAUAAUACUGAUGGCAAGGAGCCAGUGGCAAGAAAAUCACAGGUCAAAAUCAUGGUAAAUAUGCAGGCCGAGGCGCGAGUCCUGGAUUUCGACGAAUCUUCCACACCUGCAAGGACAGCAGAUAAGAAAUUUGGCAGCUGUCUCGGGAGAUCUGUUAGCUCACCCAUUCUUCCCUCCCCCAACCUGAGAAGUUUCCGAUAGGUAGAAUUCUGAGAGAUACACCAGAUAUGGUAUAAUUAUACAUUAGCCAUAUGUACAUGUAUAUGUUCCUAGAGCGCAUUGUUCUUUCAUUACUCUAUGUUACCAUGAUGUCAGCGUACAGUCAGCCCAGAAACUAGCAUCCAAAAGGCAGCAGUAUCAGUGAAGUGUUGAAACUUCCCUAUCAUUCAAUUAAAAUUAUUAUUGAUUAGUUGCUUACACUGGAGAUGUCUCCUGGCACUUAAUUUGUACAUGAAACAUGGUGAUGGUGAAUUGGUCA